UCCCAUGGAAGCCUGGAAAGAUAUAAAAGGGCAGAGGGGCUGGCGUUGGCCUCGCCGUCCCACAUCGCUACUAUCUCGACACCUUACCCACUUCUAAUCUCUCCACUACAAACAACAUAAUGGCUCCCAUCAUUGGAAAGAAGGCACCGGUGUUCAACACCCAGGCUCUUGUCGACGGUCAGUUCAAGAAGGUUUCGUUGGACGACUACAAGGGCAAAUAUGUCGUGUUGUUCUUCUACCCCAUGGACUUCACAUUCGUGUGCCCAACGGAGAUCAUCGCAUUCAGCGAUAAGAUCGAAGAGUUCCGGAAGCUCAACACCGAGGUCAUCGCCGCAUCAACCGACACCGUCUUCUCCCACCUUGCAUGGACCAACCAACCGCGAAAGCAGGGCGGUCUUGGCGAGAUGAAGAUUCCCAUCUUGGCGGAUGUCACAAAGAAGGUUUCGAGCGACUACGGCGUACUGAUAAGCGACGGCGACGAUGCUGGUGUCGCACUCCGCGGUACCUUCAUCAUUGACCCAGAGCAGAGCCUUCGCAUUGCCCACGUAAACGAUCUGCCGAUUGGCCGGAAUGUCGACGAGUACAUCCGAUUGAUCGAGGCAUUGAGGUUCCAUGCCGAACACGGCGAGGUUUGCCCCGCCAACUGGAAGAAGGGAGGGGCAACCAUCAAGACUGACCCCAACGCGUCGAAAGAGUACUUCUCCCAGGCGUAGAUUUUAGGGGGCGUUAUGUAAAUGACACCCACUGUAUAUACUCCAACGGAAAUGAUGUUUUCCACCCCUUCUUAAAGUUUUUUGAAGUUUCUUCUGGUACGGCUGUUCGAGUCGGGUAUUGUUCAAGUCCAUCAGGAUGGUGUAUCUGUUGAUGUGGUUACCCUCUAGAUGAGCAAUUUCAAUCCGGAGACCCAGUAUCUCAGCUAGCCACGUUGUAUUUCGAAUAUACAGCCUCAUACCAGCCAU